GCUGAACCGAGGCGCUCGCGGACUGCGGGAAGAAGCUGACGGGAGACUCACGCGCACACCCAGCUCCGUAGCCGCCCCGGUACUCCUCCAUCGGCCUCUCGCGCUCUCCUCCGUUAAUAAAACAAAAUCACAUCGGCAUCUGAAGCAGCGUUUGUGGAUUAUUGGUGUGUGUGUCAUGGAACAUCGUGAAUAAUGGAAUAUGUAUUCGCUCUGCUCGCGCUCUUGGCCUACGUCGGUGUGAACGCGGACCGGAAAAUUGGUUGCCUGUUUGACACGGACCUUUGUGAAGACUAUGAGAUCUGUAUAAAUGAUGCUUUGUUUGGCCGGUGUCAGUCACCCCCGGCAACAGAGGUGUACACGUAUGACAUCACAGCAGCAGAGGUGGAUCACUUACGGACGCUACUUCAGAAACUCUCUUACCGUGGGCUGACGUGGGAGGACGAGACCACCCAACAGAUUCUGUCUAAAGAGCUCGCCAAGCUGGACCGGAUCCCUCUCUACCUGUCAGAGGCUGCUAACACCAGGCCCGUGAUCCAGACUGUUGCUACUGGAGACCAAUCAGUGAAGCCAUCAGAGGCGGAGCUUGCCAGAAGUGUGCAGAAAUACCUGAAGCACCUGGGUUACCUCCCCAAGACCAAGACUGAUGGUUUCCAUGGCGUUGCUCCGCCGGAAUUCGCUCCUUCCUGGAAGACGUCCAGCCUCCCCGCAGUCGAGCCUGAUGGUACGAUCCUGCUCCUGGCAGCGCUGCAGCAGUACCUGUCCCGGACCCAACCACCUCAGGCAGACAGGGGGGAGCCCCUGCCCUACGCCGCUGCCUCCAGGCCCCGCCUCUUCCUGUCACAUGGGGAAGAGGCUCCGCCUCUGGACAGGCUGCUGCCGAAGAGUGGAGACCCUGUCUCUGCUGUAGAAGAGGCCCUCCUGCAGAAGGUUCUGCGAAGCGUAGAUCGCCCCCCUGUGGCCGUGGGCAGCCUGAGCGGCCGGGAGAUGGAACAGCUGGCAGCGUUGGUGGAGGAUGCCCUGCCAGAGCAGGGCGGCGCUGCACUGGAGGAGCUCCAGGCCCCUGAGGCAGAGCAGGGGGAGCCGGCCACAGAGCUGCCCAGCCGAGAGGAGGGGGAGGCGGGGACAGCAGCCACGGCGGCCCCCUACACCACCCAGCAGCCCUCAGCACCAGAGAGAAAGAAGGAGAGGAGAAGCAGUUCAGAUGACAAGGGUCUUCUGGGAAAGCUGCUGGAAUAUCUGGACCACUCUGACUCAGCCUCGUUGCCACGGCUGCGCGGGGCGAGGGGACGGGGCGUUUCCGUGGAGACGGUGCGUAGCCGUGUGCACCAGCGUGAGCUGCAGAAGAAGAGCAGCAGCGUUGCCGAGGUGACGCAGGUGUCCGGCUGGAUCAGCGAGCAGAAGCUAGCGCCCUCCUCUGGUCUGGAGGCCAAACUGCAGCGUCCUCUAGCGCCCUCCUCUGGUCUGGAGGCCAAACUGCAGCGUCCUCUAGCGCCCUCCUCUGGUCUGGAGGCCAAACUGCAGCGUCCUCUAGCGCCCUCCUCUGGUCUGGAGGCCAAACUGCAGCGUCCUCUAGCGCCCUCCUCUGGUCUGGAGGCCAAACUGCAGCGUCCCCUGGCUCGCCCCGCCCCCGCCGCCGAGCUACAGCUGGACGUCCAAUCACAGGACGACGCCUACGGAUACGUCAUCACAGAUGAAGAGUUGUUGCCCACUGAUAAGGGGCUGCAGCUGAUGGAGAUUUUGGCUCACAAGGCAAACAUCCAGAUGACCGACUUCCUGGAACUCUCAGUGAUAGGUUCCGCAGUGAUCUUUAGGGUUCGCUCAAAUGCCCAGAACGUCUCUACUGCUGCUGUUGCAAGUAUAGCAGAGCACCAGAGGGAGGCGCUAGAGAGGGAGGCCAAAGUCAAGAUCCUGGAGGCUGGAGUAACAGACAAGAGCAUGUUGAAGCAGAUCCCCACUAAGUACAGCCGCUCUGAGUCCACUAAGUACCUGGUGCUGACGGCCGUGUCCCUGGUGUGCAUCGUGGGCGUGCUGAUGGCGUCGGUGGUGGUGUACUGCCUGCGGCACCGCUCCCACCACAAGCUCAAGGAGAAGCUCACCAGCCUGGGCACAGACACCGGGUCUGAUGCUACCGCCACCUACCAGGAGUUGUGUCGUCAGCGUAUGGCGGUGAAGCCCCCUGUGGGGGGGGCGGAGCCUCGCAUAAACAGCGUGUCGUCCCAGUUGAGUGACGGCCCGAUGCCCAGCCCCUCCCGCGCAAGCCCCGCCUCCUGGAGCGAAGAGCCCGCCCACUCCAACAUGGACAUCUCCACUGGACACAUGAUACUGUCGUAUAUGGAGGACCACUUAAAGAACAAGGACCGUCUGGAGCAGGAGUGGGCGGGACUAUGCGCCUAUGAGGCGGAGCCUAACGCCACCAGCGUGGGCCUCCGAGACGGCAACGCCAAGAGGAACCGAUGCAGCAGCGUAGUAGCAUAUGAUCACUCUAGGAUCCCUCUGCGUUUGGAGAACAGCCAAGGAACAUCGGACUACAUCAACGCCAGCCCAAUAAUGGACCAUGAUCCUCGCUACCCUGCAUAUAUUGCCACUCAGGGGCCCCUGCCAUCCACAGUAGCUGACUUCUGGCAGAUGGUUUGGGAGAGUGGUGCAGUCGUAAUCGUGAUGUUGACGCCACUAACUGAAGGUGGAGUAAAACAGUGUUACCACUACUGGCCCGAUGAAGGAUCCAACCUCUACCACAUCUAUGAGGUGAACCUGGUGUCGGAGCACGUGUGGUGUGAGGACUUCCUGGUGCGGAGCUUCUACCUGAAGAACAUGCAGAGCAACGAGAGCAGAACGGUCUCCCAGUUCCACUACCACACCUGGUCACCUAGCAACGCACCGGACACGCACAGCCUGCUCGACUUCCGCAGGAAAGUGAACAAGUGUUACAGAGGCCGCUCCUGCCCUAUCAUCGUACAUUGCAGUGACGGAGCAGGGAGAACUGGCACAUAUAUUCUGAUUGACAUGGUCCUCAACAAGAUGGCCAAAGGUGCCAAAGAGAUUGAUAUUGCUGCAACCCUCGAACACCUUCGUGAUCAAAGAGCAUGCAUGGUGCAGACAAAGGAGCAGUUUGAGUUCGCUCUCACAACAGUGGCCGAGGAGGUCAACGCCAUCCUCCAAGCUCUGCCUCAGUGACCACACACUCACACACACACACACACACACACACACACACACACACACACACACACACUCAUCUACGGCCACAGCAGAUACUCUCUCUCACACAGACACACACACACACACACACACACACACA